GCACCUGUUAGUGGGUGGGAUACAUUAGGCAGUAAGUCAACAUUUUGUCCUCAAAGUUGAUGUUAGAAGCAGGAAAAAUGGACAAGCGUAAGGAUUUGAGCGAGUUUGACGAAAGGCCAAAUUGUGAUGACUAGACCACUGGAUCAGAGCAUCUCCAAAACUGCAGCUCUUGUGGGGUGAUGCACGUACGGGGGAGAAGGCUGGCCCGUGUGAUCCGAUCCAACAGACGAGCUACUGUUGCUUAAGUUGCUGAAGUUAAUGCUGGUUCUGAUAGAAAGGUGUCAGAAUACACAGUGCAUGACGGGUCAGGGCAGCAAAAGGGGGACCAACACAAUAUUGGGCAGGUGGUCAUAAUGUUAUGUCGGUGUAUAUUUGGGUGAGGAAUAUUUAAAACAUGGACUUUUUAGAGGUGUGUUUAAUUGGGCAACAUGGUGGAACAUAAUGUUCUUAAAAUCAUAUAAUUCCAAGCUCUCAAUUUAUUAUUAGCAUGUAUGACGUCACUCCAGAUUGCUAAGCAGUACCCUGGCCUGAUGAUGAAGCUCCUGGUGAAGGCUGUGAAGGAGCCGGACAUCACAUUUCAGCCCAACAACGUGACGGUUCGGGUGAGCAGCACCGUUACAGCCUAUGCUAUUCAGCCCAACGCCACACUGUCUCUGGUGUUCAUCCUCAGCGUGAAUGCCAGCGUGAGCGCUCAGAUUUACGUCAGCGGCCUCAAAGUGGCUGGAGUUUUGAGUCUCAAUGGAAUGGACAUGGCAUUAAUGACAAGUUACGUGGGACCGUUUCAGGUGAAGUCACUGGACAGUGUUUUCAACAUGAUCUUGAAAGUUGUUGUGAUUCCCAAAGUGAACUCUUACUUGAAGCAAGGUUACCCUCUGCCUUCCAUUGGAAAAAUGAAUUUGCUCAACACUCAGCUUCAAAUCCUGAAGCAGUUUGUAGUCACGUGGAAGAAUUGUGCAACCAAGAGCUCAUGAGGAACAAAUAGCUGUCCACUGGGUCAUGGGAUGUCCAUGCAGAUCUAUCUCCAGCAGCAGUGAGCACCACCAAGUGACGAAACCCCAACUAGGGGUAGAGCAUCUGGAUGGAUCAGGGAGGUCCGGAAAGAAGAUGUUCCCAGUCACACUGGGAACUCAGAACACUGGGAGCUCAGGAGUGUGACGUUCAACUCGACAGAGAGACAGAGAGAGAGAGAUAAAAAAAAAAAAAA